AUGAAAGGGGGGGCGCGGAGCAGAGGUAAAAUCGAGGAAGGGGCGGGGGGCCCGGGCGGCCAGCAGGGCGCAGGGGCCACGGAGCUGCCCCGUGCCAGGCACGCCGCGUGCCAGAGGCGGGUGAACGACGAGGACAUGCUCUGCGUGCGUGAGGGCCUGACUCUCUCGCCCGCGGGCGCCUCAUGGUCGCUCUACUGCCUCUGCGACGGCCAUGGCGGCGCUCUGGCAGCGAACUAUGCCAUGGGCAACCUGUGGAGGGUCCUGUCGCCGCUGCUCCCCACCGCCAGGGAUCCCACCUGGUCCAGCGCAGAUUUUGACAUCUUUGCGCUGGAGGUGAGGAAGGCUGUCGUGGCGGCCUUUGUGAAGAUUGGCGAGCAAUUCAGAACUGACGUUUCGGCAGACAAUUCAGGCGCCUCCGUGACGCUGGCCCUCCUGUGCGGCCGCCUGGUGACGUUGGCCAACGUGGGCGACGCCGACGCGGUGCUGGAUACGGGGCGGGAGAAGUUCCUGGCCACCGUCAGCCACAACCUGGACAGGAGCGAGUGCGAGCGGCGGCGCCUCGCGGAUGCUGGCGUGCUGAUCGCGCCGGCCUCGGAUGCACCGGGGCCGCUGGCGCCCGCGACAGGCGGGGAGGAGGGCCGCGGGCCUCUGAGGUGCUGGCCCGGCGGCCUGACGGUCGGCAGGUCGAUCGGGGAUGUGAGGGCCAGCGUGCACGUGGUGGCCUGCCCGCAUGUCUUUCAGAUGUGUCUGCCGGACGGCGCCACCCGCCUGAUCAUGGGCUCCAGCGGCCUGUGGAGCGCCAUCCACUGGCAGGAGGCCGCCCAGGUCACCCGCCGGGCGACCACCGGCAACGCAGCUGCCCUGCUUGUGCGGGAAGCGGCCUCCCAACAGAGAUGCCCAACGGAGGACGUCACGGCCCUGGUGGUGGAUCUGCUGCCCCCCACCAGGGCGCGGUUCCCGCGGCUGGUCAAGGAGAGCCUGACCAAGCGGGCGGCGGGGAGCGUGGCGUCCUGCAGGGCCUGGAACCUGCCCGCCUGCCUCACCCUGGGCCUCAAGUUCCCAGCCAAUUUGGACAGGGCUCUGCCGGGCGACCUGCUCCGGAUGGUGGCCAAGAUCGACGGGUGGGACCUGCUGGAGUCCGCGAUCCGCCACGAGGGCGCCCGUCCCCGGUCUGAGCUCGGUCAAUGGCGAUGUCGCUCAGCGCCCGGGAUCGAUCAACGCCAGGGCAGGUCCUCGCCGCAGUUUUGUCGCAGAUCGCCGUCUCCGGAAUACCGCAGGGGAAGGACGUCGCCGGGGCCCAGCAGGGGCCACAAAACUUCGUCACAAAACGGCCGACUGGGGCGAAAAUCGCAGGAGUUCGCGGCCGGCCCGCGGACUUUGGAGUUCAGGCGGUGUCGAUCGUCGGUGGGUUUGGUGCAUGGCCGCUCCUCCCCGGCAGGUGAAGUCGGGGCUGCAUCACAUCGCGGGCCCGCGCCCGCGUUUCUCGCGGCGCAGCGCGCGAACCUGGACGCCGGGAGUGGCGUGGGCGACUGGCGGCCGCCGACCGGCCGGAGGGACGGAUCGUCAUUGGGCGGCGAGGCGGAGGGGGCGGAAGAUCGGACGCGAAAUGAAAUGGAGUCGAUCGGGGCUGAUAGGAAGCAGCGCAAAACGGAGUCUGCGCGGAAAGAUCGGAAGGAAUGUAAAAUGGAGCCUGCGGGGGAAGAAGGGAAGCGUGAAAUGGAGGCGACAGGGGACGACCGGAAGCAGUGUGAUAUGGACACGACGCCGAGGGCCGAGGGGAUGCCGGAGGGGGGCCGGCGGCCCGGCGGCGCGCUGUCGAUCCGCUGCAAUGCGCCGAGGGCCAUCCGGCUGGGCGGGGCGGCGGCGGGCGCGGGGUCGCCAAAGAGCCAGCAGUGGGAGGCGGGGGCCGUCGCGAGCGCGCCGCUGAGCCGGCCGGUGUGCAGGGGGUGGGAGGGCAGGGCCAGCGAGGUGGAGCGGUCCGCGGCGGAAGAGGGACUCGAGCGCCCCUGGGGGGUGGAGAUUUCGGCCGUGUUCGCGCCGACGGCCCUCGCCAAGCCCGGGGCGGCGCCCCUGUCGGAUGUUUCCGCCCCGGAUUUUAAGGCCCUGGCACAGACCCCGGACCUUAAGGACGCAGCCUCGGACCUUGGGGCCCCCGCCUCUAGCUUCGAGACCCUGGAGAAGGGGCAGGAGCACGGGGAGGGGCUGGAAGCGUUGAAGGCGUGGCCGGAGGGCAGGAGUUUCGCACAGUGUUGGUAUUUUCCUUCGACGGCCCUGUUUGAGCCGGCGUGGCCGGCGAUGGAGCGCAGCUCGGAGGAGUCUGUGUCGCUGUCCUCGUGGGCCUUUGGGCCCAAGCGGGGCAUGAUUGGCUGGCUAGGGCAGUGA